ACAAUGCCAAAUUUCACGGAUGUGACAGAAUUUAUUCUUCUGGGGUUGACCAGCCGUGGGGAGCUUCAAGUUCUCUUUUUUGUGGUGUUCCUAGUCGUUUACAUGAUCACUCUGUUAGGGAACAUUGGUAUGAUCAUUUUGAUCAGCGUCAGUCCCCAGCUUCAGAGCCCGAUGUACUUCUUCUUGAGUCAUUUGUCUUUUGUGGAUGUAUGGUUCUCUUCUAAUGUCACUCCCAAAAUGCUAGAAAACUUAUUAUCAAAGACAAAAACCAUUUCCUAUGAGGGGUGUUUGGUGCAAUGUUACUUUUUCAUUGCCCUCGUCCACGUGGAGGUCUAUAUCUUAGCAGUGAUGGCCUUUGAUCGCUAUAUGGCCAUAUGCAAUCCAUUGCUUUAUGGCAGUAAAAUGUCCCAGACUGUCUGUGUUCGGCUCAUCUCUGUGCCUUACGUCUAUGGAUUUUCUGUUAGUUUAAUAUGCACACUGUGGACGUAUGGCUUGUACUUCUGCGGAAACUUUGAAAUUAACCACUUCUACUGUGCAGACCCUCCUCUCAUCAAGAUUGCCUGCGGGGGGGUCCACAUCAAGGAAUACACGAUGAUAGUUAUUGCUGGAAUUAACUUCACAUAUUCCCUUUCAGUGGUCCUUGUCUCCUACACCCUCAUUGUAGUGGCCGUGCUGCGCAUGCGCUCUGCUGAUGGGAGAAGGAAGGCAUUCUCCACAUGCGGGUCCCACCUGACAGCCGUUACCAUGUUUUACGGGACUCUCAUAUUUAUGUAUCUCAGGCGGCCCACUGAAGAGUCUGUGGAGCAAGGGAAAAUGGUGGCUGUGUUUUAUACCACAGUCAUUCCCAUGUUAAAUCCCAUGAUCUACAGUUUGAGAAACAAGGAUGUAAAAGAGGCAGUCGACAAAGCCAUCAUCAAGGCAAACUUGGGGCAAUGA